AUGGAAGCGGCAGAGUUGCAAAUCGCGCGAGCAUUGGCGAUGCUCAUAGAGCACGAAUUUCCACAGUCUCGUAGUCUUGAGACUCGACUUGACGCAUAUCUGCAUCUUGAGGAGCUAAUGCGUUUGGAAGAUACUGAAGCCUCCGUCAGGGAAAUGCAACGACAUGUUCCAGUGCUACUACACGAGAUGCGCUUCGACCUACAACACAACGUUCUCAGUGACAUCCAACACGCUACACUACGCUGCCUUUCUUAUCUAUUGCAUCAUCGCAGUUUGAACGAAGUCUUCAAGGACGAUGAUGUGAUCUUCUUUCUCAGUGCGUUACUGGGUUUACUGUUUUCCACGCAAGACUUGCGAACAUACAAGUUGUGUGUGUGGGGUCUUACGCAGCAAAAUUUUCCUGUAGAAAGACACAAUUGUCUAUCGCAGACUAUUGAAGGUCUAGUGCACGCUGUAGUCAAUCCAUUUAACUCGCGAGAAAUUGAAGUGCAAGCGCUGAAGGGGCUUCUUUUGCUUCUAGUCAAGUAUCCAGAGCCGUUGGGAGCUAACGAAACAUAUUUUCGCGUAUACAUGAGACCAAUAGCGAGUCGGCUGUCCAGUAGCGAAGUAGCUACGCGAACUCAGGCACGACUCGUACUGGAGGAAGCUUGUAAACAUCGGACAAACUGGUCACACGAGACGUUAACGAUGGUGCAAAAUUGCGCAAUGGAAUAUUUUCUACCCAUUAUGAAAUCGCAUACGGAGCGCAAUCGACUGAGAGAUGCCAUUCACUUGUGGAAGUUGGUGCUGGUAAUACUGAAGUCGCGAUUCACCUGUGAACCUGGAAAAUUGAACCAGAUACUGUAUGUUCCAGAAAAGUGUAUGGAAAACGAAGAUGCAGCAGUUCGACUAAUGUCAAUGCAAGCGUGGGGUGAUAUCAUCGACAUUAUUCAUGAGUGCCAGAAUUGGCUGUUUAACAAAGCUGUAGUGAGCUUACUGAUGUGGCCGAUUAAGUUGUGCUUGGAGCAAGAGGUACUCCUGAAUGUCCUCGGUGCAGCUUUUACUUCAUGGCAAAAGAUUGUGAAAGUUGCUGUUGUUUAUUUUAAUUUCUAUUGCAAAACCCAGGGACAAAACGACGGACAAUGGCAGAAUGCUCCGGAGUGGAAGUUCUGGUUUAGUGAAUUGGUCAUGAGCCCCUUGGUGACAUUGAUGACUAGGCACAUGCAAGCUAACGAUAAUGCAUUGACAGCUGAGGUCCAUCGAUUUGUCAAAUUUACUAUGCAAAUGUGGGAAGAUGAGGAACAAAUGCCAAGCAAAAGUACGCACAAUUCUAUUCCAAGUCAACACAGUAGUUGUACCACGAUAGAAGAAUCUAUGGAUGGCUCCGAUAGGAAGCAGUCAGUCUUCGUCGUAAGCAGGAAGUCCGAUGUCAACGAAUCGUGCUCUGUAGACGAUUUAAAAUGUAGCAACUUUCGCAUCACAACAGGAAUCACUGUUAUCGCCUUUAUGCUCGAAGACAUUUUUGGUGCAAUCCAAACUCUGAUAAAAAUAGCAGAUGAUUGCUACGGUAUCAAAAGUCAAGAGCAAGUAAAUGACCUACUGAUUACUACAUGGAGGGGAAUCUGCAAACGAAAUCAUGUAGUUUGUACGACUGAUGGAUCACUGUCAAACCACGGUUUGCGGUUUGUUCGGAUGUCAAUCGACUUUGUGUUUGGCUUACUGAAUAUAAGAUCCAGUUUUGCUGAUAUGCGCGAUGAAAAUGCUUACACUAAUCAGGUCAAUAUCAAUGAUAAGAAUCAAGCGGCUCUGAUUGCUGGAGCAUCUGUAGGUUUUGGGCUGGAAUGGCAACUGCAAUUGCUAGCUCCGCUCGUGUCGAAUCUGCCGUCCUCAACAAGCUUACGUACGGUGAUGCUUCACCCAAGGAGUAAACUGUUUGAUCAUAUCACUAAGCGCAUGGAAUAUCUGAAGAAAAUAUACGUUCAAUGCGCAACAGUGCUGGACACAUGGAAAUAUGACAAAAGUAACAAGAUCCAACUUGAUUUCACGGCGAAGUACAACACGCUGCCGUACCUUGUACUAAAUUUGCUGGUCGAGUUUGCAAUCUAUGUGGACGACCCAGACAAUGUCGACUGCGAAAGAACAAGGUUCAUUUUCGCAAAUUUGAGUAUUGUGAUAAGAAAACUUUUAAAGAGUGUCGAAGCCAGCGCUUUGCAGCAUGCGGAAGGGCUAAAUGCCAUAAUACGAUUUAGUGAAAAUACACUUCACGUAGCUUGCAAUUUUGUUUUUGAUGACGGCGAACGCGCACAUAAAAGUAUACUUGACGAGCUUGUCAUCAUUUCUAAGCGUUCGGCAAGGCAAUUUUUUGUUGAAAGUCUUCAAACUGCCUCGCUGUUGCUAGAUUUACACCAUUCUCUUGAAGUACCUGGACUUUUCGUUUCCGAGACCGCCAGCACUGACACUUUAGCGAUUUCAAGCGAUGCAUUAGAUGCUGAUCAACCGAUUGCAGAUGUUGGUAUAUUAGUGUCAGCAUCAUAUGAAUCCAGCACCUCCCUACCGUCUACUGUAAGCGGCGAGAUUGCGAGAAUAUCAAAACGCGAUCCUGCUGAUUCUAAUCCAGUAACUUUGGUAGAUGCUGCUCCUGUUACUCCACAACAAGCCAAAAUCAUUAAGAGGAAGGAUGAUAAGGAACACACCACAGACGAACCGAAAGCGCACGUCAAAUCCCAAUCGGCUCCGCCAAGUCUAGAUGCUGGAUUUCCACAGCGUUUAAGUUUGAAAUCAUUGCGAUGCAUUUAUCCAGACCUUGUUGGGUGCAGCGAAGGAAUCGCGUUGCUCUAUAGGCAUUUUCCGCUGAGUUUUCGACCGUUCUUUUCGUUUUACAAGAUAAAAACUAUCGGCGAUUUGAGUGCUUUACCAGUAGAAAAGGUGAGAACAUUCGGCCUAAAAGAUCCUAUCAGCACCGUUCGGCGAGCACUGAAAGAGUUUAAUGGGCGAAAGGACCGUAUGAAGACACUGACUGGGAGUCCAUUCUGUCAAAGAAGCAGUUCGGCCACAAGGAGUUCUGCUUCGAUAUGUACUCAAUUUAAGCGCUCACUUCAUCCGGAAAGUGGAAUUGUUGCCUAUUUAGAAGGCCCGAAAAUUCGUGAGCACAAGCGUGUUAGGCGAUUUUUGGUGCUUGAUACCGAGGGCGGAGAUGGAGAAAGUGAAAAAAAUUGUCGCAAACCAAAAUUGGCAGACCGAGUAACGUUUUGUCUUCAAACAGGUGAGAUCGGUCAGACGAGUAUUACUCGACCUGGCGAGGAUUCACAAGAUCAGCCGAAACCAUUUGCAACGAUCGGAACAAAAAAAGAUUUGCAAAAGAAGAUGAAUACUUACUCACUCAAACUAAUUCAGCAUUUGCAACGUUCGGUAAACUACAUUGACAAACUCGUUAUCGAAGAACAAAGUAUCCAGAGUGAGGAGGGGAGUUUGCAGACCAGCAUUGCGUCCGUGGGUGGUGUCAUCACAAAUUAUCAAGAAGCGCAUGAAUUAGUGUCACGACUUGCUUUACUACUUCAAAUCGCUGCAGAGACAAGCUCUACAAGAUGUCGAAAACUUUUGAAUAAGGAAGCUCAUGAACAUGCUUAG